UCAUUUUCUCUCAUUAUUGCCCCUCCCCUUUAACACACCGGCCUCUUCUUUUCCCUUAUGAAAACCCUACGACGUGUCUUCACUCUUCAAUUGCAGAUGAAGCGUCUGGACUUCCAGCAGUUUCCAUCGCCCCCUCUGCUCUAUAAAAACACAAAAGGGAGGGAUAAUGAGGAAGAUGAAGCGCAAGAAAGGAAUGAUUUUCGUUGAAGAAGCCUCGAGUUGUUUGUCGGAAUUCCAUCAACAGUUUGUAGAAGAGCUUAAUCAGCAUGGAAUAGAUGAGGCCGCCCCGAAAAAGAUCUUGGAGCUGAUGAUUAAUCCAGAUUUUACGAUUUUCGUCAGUGGAUCCACAAGGUUACAAUAUGCAAUUGGCAGAUUUAUAACUGUUGUAGAUAAUCCCCCGUCUCAUAAACGCCAAAAGACUAGAAGAAACAAAGGCUCACCUACCAUUGGUGUUAAUCAAACUCUUUUAAAGAUUCUAUAGAGAGAAACUAAAGUUUUCAAUGGCGAUGUCGAAGCUACAGCCGCCUCUCUGGAAUCACCCUGCUGGCCCCAAAACCAGUGGUUUUAAAAACAUGCAGAUGUGUUGAACAAUUAAGUUUGAGUGGCAUCAACUUAGGGGGCGGCGUUUGGUUCGCGGAAUUAAAAUUUAAACAUUCCAAUUGGAUUUUUUUUUUGUUGGAAUUGGAAUCUCAAUUCCAUUUUUGUUGUGUUUGGUUGUCAAAUGAAUUGGAAUCCAUCACCCCGACACCCACAACCCCUGGUUCGAGUCAAAACUGUACGGGUGGAAACAAUACGGUUCGAAACGGUUCGGGUUGUAACGUUGCAUACCAAGACGGUUCGCAUCGAAACGGUUCCCGGCAAAACGGUACGGGUCGAAACGGUUCGAUUUGAAACGGUACGGUCGAAACCGUUCGCGUCGAAACGGGCGUCAAAAUGGUUCGCGUCAAAAUGGUACGGGUCGUAACGGUACGAGUUGAAAUGAUUCGCAUAGAAACGGUUCGGAUCGAAACGGUAUGAGUUGAAAUGGUGCGGGUCGAAAUCGUUCGAGUAGAAAUGGUUCGCGUAGAAAUGAGUGUUUUCAGUGAACGAACUUAGCGAAAAGAAACUGUUUCAGCGGAUAAACAGCGAAUGAACUAUAAACCAAGUUAUGCGAAUUAACACUUCUGCGAUGGAUAUUUCUGCGCAAACGAAACAGUUCCGAACGAACAAAUACUACAGAUCUAACUCAGCGGAUAAAGUUUGAAUCUGCAGUACACUCGACCGAAUGGACAAACUUUCAGCUUGUUUUAGCGCAAUUCCCAGCGAAUGAAUUUUUGAGUUUCGACUGAACUAACUUUUAGCGAAUGGUCAAACUUUCAGCAAAUGAAUCAACUCACUGAUUUACGAAUAAUCCAAAAUCAGAUCCGUUAUUAUUCAGACUUGCUUCAGUCUUGCGGAUUCGUGAAACAACUUCCAACUAUAAUCUGUGCAAACUGAUUUAAUUUGUUCUCGUAUUAACAGCUUCUAACAAAUGAACCAGAAUCUGCGGAUAAACGAACGGAAUUCUACAAAUGUAUAACUCUGCAGAUGAACACCAUUUUCAGACUUGCGCGAAUAUAUGUGCGGAUCCGAAAUAUGUGUGUGUAUAACGGUGGAUGUACUGAGAUGAUUCAGCUAAUACAAACUGAUUCUGCAGCGUAUAAACAUAAAACAGGUCUGCUGAUUUGUGUUUGAACGUGCAGAUCUGUGCAGAAUGAAUUUUCAAAACCUGUGCAACAUCUGUCAUCAAAACACUUCUUGAUCUGUUCAAAUGUAGAAUUUCAGAUCCGCCUGAAUUACGAUCAAUAAGUGUUGAUUCGCUGCAAUUACUGAAAAACAGAUUCUGUGCGUAUCUAAACUGUAUCAGAUCCUGG